UAGCUUAAAAUCAACCAGACAUACUGCGCUCAUGAAGAGAUCGUUCUCGUCGUCUUCAUAACUGUCUCGGCCUCCAACUUCUUCGGAGUCCAGCACAUCUUGGUCCUCGGAGUCGGGAAACGGAGGAGGACUACGCUCCGAGCUGGUCGCCAUCUUCAGAUCUUCUUAAAACAAACACAAGGGGAGGUCCGUCCACUGCUCCCCUUCUUCUGUUCCUUUUAGCUGCUAAUGUUAACUCCUAUGCUACAGCUAAAACUGUGGUAGUUCUCCAGAAGACAGUACAACUAAAAGCAGGGGAGGAGGAGUGAUUGGAGGGUGGCUACAGGACGUGCAGACCUCCGCUCUCUGUUUUACUUCCUGGUCCUCCUCUUCUUGUCAGGUUAGCUCCACAGUUAGCUUCACAGAGAGGCUUGGCAGUCAUGAGACAGAUGCAGUAACGGUGUAAACAGCACCAUGGACCUGGGCAGGGGUUGAUCUCGCAGGUGUUUGUAAACUGAUCUGCUCAAAGAUCAUAUUGGAGACAUCUGAUAUUUUUGGGGGGGGUGAUGACUCGUCAAGACGUGGAGGCGAGGGAGCCGCUUCUCACCAGGGAACACCUGGGGCCAAAUGAGCUGGAGUCCGAUGAAGGUGAAAUCAUUUUCGACAGGAGUUCAUCGAACAGUCCACAUGAUGCUGGUGAGAGCGCACAGAGAAGAUUAACGUAUGAGGAAGCAGUAGAGGAAGCAGGUUUUGGGUUGUUCCACUGGCUGCUGUUGGUGGUGUGUGGUUGGGCCAAUGCAAGCGAUGCCGUGGAGAUUCUCUGUGUGUCUUUCCUCCUCCCGACAGCGCGUUGCGAUCUGCUGCUCAGCUCCUCAGACAUGGGCCUGCUCACUGCCAGCAUUUUCCUUGGAAUGAUGGUGGGGGGCUACAUGUGGGGGUACUUGGCUGACCGGAGGGGGCGGCGCCGGGUCUUGGUGGUGUCCCUGACAGUCAACGGGGUGUUUGGAGGUCUGGCCAGCCUGGCUCCGUGGUUCUGGCUCUUCCUGCUGCUGCGGUUCAUCAGCGGCAUCGGUGUCGGCGGGUCCAUCCCUGUUAUCUUCUCCUACUUCUCAGAGUUCAUGCCCCGACUGAGGAGAGGUGCGAUGAUCAGCGCUCUGGCCACCUUCUGGAUGGCAGGAAACAUCCUGGCAGCAGGUCUGGCCUGGUUGAUUAUUCCAAAAACCUGGGCUCAUUUCUCCCUGGCUCUGGACUUCAAGAGCUGGAGACUGUUUGUGGUGCUCUGCUCUGUUCCCAGCCUCACCUCAGCCCUGGCCUUCAGGCUGCUCAUGCCUGAAAGCCCCAAGUUCCUCAUGGAGGCUGGCCUGGAGAAAGAGGCGAUCCAUGUCUUCCAGGUGAUGUUCAAGCUGAACGUGCGAGGAAAGGGAAAGUCUUUACCGGAAUUUGGUUUGUGCAUCAACUCCAAGAAAAGAGCAGAACAGGAGGAGACCAAACCUCAGGGUUCACAGAGAGAGAGACUCGGCAGUAUGGUGAAAAAGGCCGUGAUGCCCAUCAAACAGAUGUUUAAAGGUCCGCUCAGAUCCAGGAGCGUCGCCCUGCUCAUCGUCUUCUACUGCAUCUCCUUCGGUUACUACGGGCUGUGGAUGUGGUUCCCCGAGCUGUUUAAGAGGAUAGAGGAGGACGGCGGCUCGCCCUGCGCCAACGCUUCCCUGCCGUCUCUGCUCCACAACCAAAGCUGCUACCCGGUCAAAACAAAAGUGUACAUGGAGGGCUUCAUCAUCGCUGCUUCAAACUUACCAGGAAACGUCCUCACCAUCCUCAUCAUGGACAACACGGGAGGAAAGGCUCUACUGUCCUUAAGCCUGAUGGUGUCCAGUGUCAGUGUCUUCUUCAUCUACGAGGUGCAUACCCAAUCCCAGACUCUUCUUCUCUCCUGCAUCUUCAGCGGCGUGUCGGUGAUCGCCUGGAACUCCCUGGAUGUGCUGGGAACAGAGCUCUACCCGACAGAGCUGAGGUCCUCUGCUCUCGGUUUCUUCACUGGCGUGGGCCGAGUUGCCGCCAUCAUGGGUAACAUAGCGUUUGGAAAGCUGGUGGACUCAAACUGUGUCGUGCCCAUCCUGCUGGUGUCCGCUCUGCUGCUGACCGGAGGACUGGUGGCUCUGCUGCUGCCUCAGACCAAACACACAGAGCUCACCUGAGAGCUCAUUAUUGUUUAUAGGAAUAAGUUAUUAGAAACCUCCUAGAGGCCUUAUAGUGAGCAGACAGGAGGAUCGCUGCUUUGAAUCCUGUGCCUUCUGUCAUUUCGCUGUGCCUUCUGAAGCUGCCUAAUUUAAAAGAGACAGAGGGGACAGUCUCCACUUUCUAAGAAUUACUAUUCAGGAAAGUGAGUCAGAAGAAUAAAUGGAAGUGCUCUACAGUAUUUAUUUUGAGUUGUGAGGAUCAAAAUCCUUACCAGAUGAGUCAGAGAAUGAAGGACAUCUUUAAAAAGAGUCUAGGUUGAUCAUGAUGUUUAAUCUCCUGAGUUUAAUCAGUCAUUGGAUCAGAGGCUCAGCUUGUUUCUGCAGUUAAUAGGAUCUUUAAAGUAGUUUCCGGUAUUACGAGGUGUGUUUCAUUAUAAAAUUAGGACACUUUUGCUUUAGCUAAGGAUGUCUGAAAUGAAAAACACUUCACAUUCCACAUCUGUUUUACUUUUUAGUUUACAGGCCUUUCGUGAUCGUUUUAAAGCCAAAUGACUGUUCUUAAAAAAUCCAAUCAUGUGCACAUCUAUGCCAACAGUAGAUUUUAGAGGCGACUCAGGACCAUUCUCUACCCAAUCUGCGAUUUCCCUGCACAUACUGGACCACACCGGUUCAGCAUUCCUGUGGAAAACCCAAAGAUGCUUAUUAAAUAUCAAAAUCAGUCAAAAAAGGACCAAAAGAGGUCAAGUUUAAAAAAACCUUAUAUCUGAGUAGCAUUAUUAUUUAUAAGCUGGCUGUACUUUGUGACUACUGAAGCAGUUUGAUUUAAAUAAACGCUCAUUUGAUCUCA